AUGGACGCACGUAGAACCGAACAUAGGGAGGACUUGCGUCUCGCCCCCGAUGACCUCGGGUCGGACCAGGAUUCUUCGUCCGCCCCCGCCCCCUCAACCACCACACCGACACCGACCACGCCCACCAGCCCCGCCCCCGCCUCCUCUUCGUCGACGUCCGGUCGAGGCACCCCAACACGGACCACGACGCCCUCGAGCCCUCGCAUCGACCCCGCGCCGGCGCCCAACUUGGCUCGAGGCGCUGCUGGGGCGGCGUCGUCGUCGACGUCGGCCUCGGCGGCGGGCGGCGGGGCCGCGGGGGCCGGCCUCCAUUCGGGCCCGCCCGAGGUCCAGCCCCACGAGAUAAAGUGUUUCGAGAAGGUCGGGGGCGGCUGCUUCGGCGAAGUCUUUCGGGGCAAGUGCCGAGGGAUCGAGGUGGCGGUGAAGCGGCUGUACCGGACGGACCUCGACGAAAAGACGCUCUCCGACUUCAAGAAGGAGAUCGAGAUCAUGAGCAAGCUCAACCACCCCAACGUCUCAUAUCGGGCGUGCACGACUCCCGGACACAUGGCGAUCGUGACCGAGCUGAUGCCCAAGGGCAACCUGGCCCAGCUGCUGCACAACCAAAAGGUGGAGCUGCCCCUCUCGAUGCGCAUGCGCAUGGCCAAGGACGCCGCCCUCGGCAUGAACUGGCUGCACGAGAGCAACCCGAGCAUCCUGCACCGCGACAUGAAGCCACAGAACUUGCUCAUCGACAAGGACAUGCGGGUCAAGGUGUGCGACUUUGGGCUGAGCGUGGUGAAGCCGCGCGGAGAGGUGCUGCGCGACAAGGACUCCAUUCCCGGCACCCCCCUCUGGAUGAGCCCCGAGGUGCUCCAGGGCAAGGACGUCGACGAAAAGGCCGACGUCUACUCCUACGGCCUCGUGCUCUGGGAAAUCCUGUCGCGGGUGGAGCCGUUCCUGCACCACGACAACUACGCCAUGUUCAAGCGGUCGGUGUGCUUCAAGAACGAGCGCCCGCCGAUGCCGGAGAACUGCCUGCCCUCCCUGCGGUACCUCAUCGAGGCCUGCUGGCAGAAGGAGCCCACCAAGCGACCCUCCUUCGCCCAGAUCAUCCCCAUGCUCGACAUCGUGGUGGUGGAUGCGACGGUGGAGGACGAGGCCGGAAGGGACCUGUGGAAGAAAAACUUCCUCGGCAAGGACGAGAUCAGCUGCGAACUGACGGUGCGCUGCCUCAAGGCCGUUCUCGGCGAGAAGUCCAAGGACCCCACCCUCCACGAUCAGUGGAUCGUGACGCUGGACAGGUUCGGCAAGGUGUGCGACCUGUUCGGUCCGGUGCUGGCGGCCCCGCCCAAGCGCAGCAGCAACAUUCUUCAGAACGUGCACGACGUGCUUCGCAACGAUUGGUUCCACGGCGAGAUCUCUCGCGAGGAGGCCGAAUCCAGACUCACCGGCGUCGUGCCCGGCACCUACCUCGUGCGGUUGUCAACGACGUCGGGCAACUGCUUCACGAUCUCGAAGAUGUCCAAGUCGGGCAAGAUCAACCACCAGCGCAUCAAGUACUCGCACGCCGAUGGGUUCUCGAUCACGGUGCAGUCGCCCAAGGGCGGCAAGGGCGGCCAGACGGUCACCUCGCAGGGCUCCCUCUCGCUGGAGCGCUUCAUCGCAAAGAUCGCCAACGACCUCUACCUCAAGCGGCCUUCGCCCGGCCCCUUCCGCUCCCUCUUCGUCAAGAACACGGCCCUCGACGGCUACCUCUUCAACGAGGAGGACGCCGGCGACUACAACGACGACGACAGCUCAUCGGAGUGA